AUGUCUGGAGUUGGGUAUGAUUGGUCCAAACUCUGUUCAGAUCUUUUGAGAUCGAUCCUCGAAAGUUUAAGCACUUAUGACUUUCAUAGGGCAAGAAGUGUCUGCUCGAGCUGGUAUUCUGUCUCCACAACAUGCAUGCGACCUCUGUAUCCAUGGCGAAUCCUGUUACGUAACUCUUCAACUUUGAUAUUUGAUCCCGAACAAGACAAAACUCUUGAAGCCGAACAUCCAGGAACCGACUUUUCGGAAAGCUGCGUCAUCGCUAGUUGUAGCAACUGGCUCUUGAUCAUUGAUUCUCGGGAUUAUGUUGUCGCCUUGAGUUACAUGCAACACGACUUGUUCUUAUACAAGAAAGGAGAUGACACGUGGCGUAAGCAUGAAGGCACACGGUGUAGAUCUAUGGUUUAUAAGAAGAACAAGCUUUAUGUGCUUACAUGUGAUGAUUACGUCAAGAUUCUUGAUUUAUCGGGAGAAUUGGUUAAUGAGAUCGUGGAAGGGAACCCAUAUCAUAACCAUAGGUUUCAGUUUGUUACACAACUUGGGGAACAUGUGUGGACAAAGAAAAUAGCGAUUACGAACCCAGGAGAGAUUUUAAUCGUUGUGAGCUUAAAAGGGUUACAAAAGAAACGUAUGUUAUACAUGUUUAAGAUGAAUGUUGAAAAUGGUAACUGGGAAAGAGUAGAUUCGCUUGGAGGUGACAUGUUGGUAUUUGGUCAUGGAGUCACAAUCAAGAGUGAUUAUAUAUAUUUCAGUGGUCAUGAUCUUUGGCCAGGAGGUCCAGAUUAUCUUUGUACCUACAGAAAAAUUAAUUGGGGUAUAUUCGAUCUUGGGACGAGUACAAUUACAUGGCCUACUAAAACAACAGAUGCUUCGGCCUUGAAGAGCUUCUGGUUUGUUCCGGGAUAUGCUUAA